UAAAUUUGCUUUCAAUUUUACUAUCAAAGAGACUACAAGGGAAGUUAUUGUUGAUGAUCUUUUACCCACAAAAAAUUGCCAACUUUUAUUUAUGCAUUCAUCUGAUGGAUUAACAUUUUGGGCUGCUUUAUUAGAAAAAGCAUUUGCAAAAUUAUAUGGUUCUUAUGCAGCAUUAGAAAAUACCAAUCAUUUCUAUCAAGCCUUGAGGCUUUUAACUGGUCCAGGCACUAUAAGAUUAUACAUGUUAAGAGAUAUUACUCGAUCUCAAUUAAUUCGGCUAUUUUCUACAAGAAUAACAGACAUUAGAUUGUGUAGAUUUUGUUGUACAGUAACGAAUGGAUUUAUUGAAAAGAAGGGCCAUACAGGAAGAGGAGUUUUAGCCAUGCGUUCAUUCACUAUUCUUGACUUUAUUGAAGAUCGGCGGAGGAACAAUUACUUAAUAAAAAUUAGAAAUCCUUGGUCUAGAACAACAACAUCACAAACUAAUACUUCAAAAUCAACAGAAAACAAUUCUCCAAAAUGGGAAUACGUUUCUCCAAGAUUUCGAGGAAUUAUACAAAAAAUCGAGAAUGGUUCCUUCUUAUUGGGAAUAGAUUCAUUCCAUUCAUUUUUUGAUUAUAUUGAAUGGUGGCAGAAGGAAGAGGAGGAAGUUGAGGAAGAAAAUAAAAAGAAAAAGGAAGAAAAAUUAAUUCAACAGCAACCCCCACCUCCAUACGAAACUACAACUUUAUUGAAAGUAGAAGUUUAG